AUGAGAAGCGCUCUGUUCUUGCUGCUCAUCAGUGUGCCUCUGUUGUGCCUCGGCUAUAAACCCCGUCAUCAUCGUGAAGAAUGCCACACAGCAAAACCCAAACUGACGUUUCUGAGGGGAUUGGGCCGAAAAGCUCGUGCAGAAUUUUGUGCCAUCAAGAUGAGAGAUGAUGUAAAUAUGGUUGAGCAAAAGGAAGAAAUCAUGGAGUGGGCCAAAAAGCACGGAGUUGAGAAACAAGUUGAACAAUUCAACAAAGAUAUGGAAAGCUAUGAAGAAGAGUUAAACAAGAAUGUCACCCAACUAGCCAAGGAUCUGCCUGCAGUUCUUGAGAAGUACAUCGCUAUAACAAUGGAGAAGAAUCAAACCCGGACGGAAAUGCGAGAUGCGCUCAAAGAGCUAAAAUCUCAGCAAUUCGAGGUGUUUGGAGUGCUAAAGGAAGCUUUCGAAGCGUUCAAGCCCGAUAACUGCCCCCGUCGUAAGCCCCAUAAAUUGGAUUCAACCAACUUAUUGAUGAAUGUCAUGAGUGACGACGCGAUGGAGGAUGUAGAUGACGAUUCUGAAGAAGUCGAAGAAUUCGCGACAAAAACGCAAAAGGACCUUUGCCCAUUUGCUGAUUUUUGA